AAGGGACAAAAAGGUUAUUUUCCCCAUCUCUCUUCAUACACACCUACCUAGUAUUAUAUUACAAGAUAAUUGUCCUUGUCUGCAUGAUCAAACAGCAUACACACAUAUAUAUAAUCUAUGCACAGUGAUUCCAAGCUUACAACCAUUUUGGUCGAUAAUAUCGGCAACUGAAUAAUAAAUUUCCUAGUUUCCUACGUUGACAUUGUAUCAUGGACAAAAAUCCUCACUCCGAAAUUCAACUCCCUCCUGGAUUUAGAUUUCAUCCUUCUGAUGCAGAACUCAUUGUUCAUUAUCUAAGAAACAAAGUGAAUUCAUCUCCUCUUCCUGCUUCAUUCAUAGCAGAAAUAGAUCUUUACAAAUACAAUCCAUGGGAGCUUCCAAGUAAAGCUUUGUUUGGAGAGGAAGAAUGGUAUUUCUUUACUCCAAGGGACAGAAAGUAUCCCAAAGGAUUGAGGCCUAAUAGAGCAGCUGGUGCAGGUUAUUGGAAAGCUACUGGAACUGAUAAACCUAUUCUUACUUCACGUGGAUUGAAAAGCAUUGGAGUGAAGAAAGCCCUUGUGUUCUAUAAGGGUCGUCCACCAAAAGGAUCUAAAACUGACUGGAUUAUGCAUGAGUAUAGGUUGCAUGAUUCAAUGAUCUCAAAUUCUAAGCAUAGUGGUUCUAUGAGACUGGAUGAGUGGGUGUUAUGCAGAGUUCGACAAAAAAUAGGAAGUCCAAGAAGCAGCUGGGAAGAUUCAAAUGAACUAAGUUAUGAACCAACAAAUCAGUUUCAACAAAUGAAUGAGAUCUCUAAUCCUGAACCAGUAAAAAACUAUGUGCAGAAUGAAUACCCAUUGUUACCUUAUAUUUUGGCUUCUAAGACUGUUCUGCCUAGUUCCAUUUGUAUGGCCUCAGACAAUGCAAAGCCCCAUGCUUCAUAUUAUGAAGACAAAGACAACUUAAACAUAAUAGGAGCACAGUUCUUAUCAUCUGCAACUGAGGGAUUUUUCAAUCCCCUGAAGAGAAAAGCUGUCGAAGAUGAUAUCGAGAUGGAUUUUUAUGCUGUCCUCAAUAAAAAUCUAAGCAGAGAAGGUGAUAGUGUGAAGGAGAGACUUGAGAAAGAUUUAAACAAAGAGUACAAUUUCUACAACUUUGAUCAGUGGACUUCAAUCAUACAACCUCAUGAGCUUAAUAGCUUAGCCUUUACUGGAUAUACAUAAGUAAUUUAGGUGUAUGUACAUACAUGCUUAUUUGUGUGCAUAUAUAGAACCUGUAAGGUUCAUAGAUGGAAAGUGAAUUCUAUAUGUAAAUAAAGAAGAAUGUAUUUUGAUGUGUGAUUAUUCUUUGCAGGACAUAGUAGUUUAGUAUUUAGCUGAAAGAAUAGAGUAUUAUUUUAGUAGUGUGUGUAUAUAUUGUAUAUGUGAAAUACAGUUUGAAGAAUAAAGUUCCACCAUAAUGGAACUAAAUUGUUGAUAUAUGCAAAUUUUAAUUAUUUAUAGCUUUCUUUCUAUU